UCUGCCUUCAAGGAUCACCGACGCGUUGACUAGCACCGAACCGUGUCUGGGCUGAGCCGAACCAUUUUGACCCUUACAACAGCUACCUUUCCAAGGGCACACAACCUUUUGAACCAGACAAACCCCGGGACUCGCGGCUGCAAGACAGCCAAGGGGCAGCGUUUCUUUUUUUCUCGAGCCCGGUCGUCUCCGCACCCGGCCCGAGGUCAUCAACGAAGCCUCCGGGGCGAGAGCCGCACCAGAGAAAAGCAACCAUGUCGGGGCUCUUCGGCCAGCCGGCGGCGGCGCCGACGAGCACGAUCGGCGACCUCAAGAACGACGUGGCCAUCGCAAACCCGCCCGAGGACAGCAUCUCGGACCUCGCCUUCAACCCGAACCCGAGCGACCAGAAGGACUUUUUGGCCGUCGCGAGCUGGGACAAGAAGGUGCGCAUCUACGAGGUCCUGAGCAACGGGACCGCCGAAGGGAAACACAUGUACGAGCACGACGGGCCCGUAUUUAGCUGUGACUACUACAAGGAUGGAACCAAGAUAGUCUCCGGAGGCGCCGACAAGAUGGCCAAGGUGUGCGACGUGACGACGGGCGUGACGGCGCAGGUGGCGCAGCACGACCGGCCGGUGCGGUGCGUCCGCUUCUUCGACAACGGCGGAAGCCCCAUGGUGAUCACAGGCUCGUGGGACAAGACGGUCAAGUACUGGGACCUGCGGCAGCAGACGGCCGUCGGCACUCUGCAGUGCCAGGAGCGCAUCUACACCAUGGACGUGCGCGACAACCUGCUCGUCAUCGGCACCGCCGACCGCUACAUCAACGUGGUCAACCUCAAGGACCCCUCAAAGUUCUACAAGACACUCCAAAGUCCGCUCAAGUGGCAGACGCGCGUCGUGAGCUGCUUCACCGACUCGGCUGGUUUUGCCAUCGGUAGUAUUGAGGGUCGGUGCGCAAUUCAGUACGUUGAGGACAAGGACAACAGUUCCAACUUUUCCUUCAAGUGCCACCGCGACCAGCCGCAGGGCAAUACCACCAGCGUGUACGCGGUGAACGACAUAUCAUUCCACCCGGUGCACGGGACUUUUAGUACAGCCGGCUCGGACGGCACCUACCACUUCUGGGACAAGGACGCCAAGCACAGGCUGAAGGGCUACCCCAACGUCGGCGGCAGCAUCACGUCGACCACGUUCAACAAGAACGGCAACAUCUUUGCCUACGCAGUCAGCUACGACUGGGCAAAGGGCUACCAGGGGAACAACACCCAGUACCCCAACAAGGUCAUGCUGCACCCGGUCCUGCCGGACGAGUGCAAGCCUCGUCCGUCGGUCAAGAAGCGGUGAGGUGGGGGUUGAGCGGGCUGCGAGGAAGGAGCGUGGAGUUCGGGGAGUGGGCCCGGCUACUUCGAGAGACGGCUGUGUUGGCCAUGAGUGCAACGUUUUGGAUCAGGCGGGUUGCUGGCUCUCGCCCUUGCCAUGUUCUCCCCAUCUACGACUGUAUACCUCCCAUCUUGGAGAAGAAGGCUUGGCCGGCGAAGAUCUCGGCUGGCGGUGGUUGGCGGUCAAGCCAAAGCCGGCAGGCUGCGGGUACUAGCAAAGGCCGAUGAACUAUUCGCAGCGUUAGUGGUGGCUUUGGUGAGGUGAUUUUUGAGUGGUGCGGAGGAACCAUAGGACAAUGAUACCACACAACCCUUAGCGUGGUUGUACGAAACCAAAUGUUAUUUUUAGGUAGACAAUUCAAGCGAUGCUGUCACUGGUG